AUGAUUGAGAACUUUCGACAGGCUGUCGGCCUUGGAAAUGUAUUUCGGAGUGCAACUACAGAUGUCCUGGGGGGAACAGAUGUCUCGCAGUUGGAAGGAUCAGACAAAUUUGUCGCAGAAAAGAUGGGUCUGAUAUUGGACCUAAGAUUCAAGCAUGAAAUCGACGAUCCAGCAGCACAAAAGUGGUUGGCCGAACAGGGAAUCCAAUGGAUAGAAUCUGCUGACUCCUAUAGUGCUAUUGAAAAACGGAGAACUGCGAUAAGAAUCAGUGUCCUAUCCAUGGACUACAUUGACAAACACUGGUCAAGUCCGGCAGAACAGCAGAAAGCGGCGGAUGUGCAGCCCGAGGAAGUAACACAGCUUCGAAUCGAGAAGUUGAAUGAACGUGGCCUUUUCGGAUUGAACCAGCUCAUUCUAGAAUCUGGAGGUGUUGGAAUAUGCAAGACGCUGAUGAUCAUCACCCGACGCUUUGAAGCGAACGCUGACGAUGUCAUACUGAUUGAAUGUGUGCAAGGCAAGGACAGGACCGGAAUGUUGGUAAUGUUGUUACAGGCCUUAACAGAAUUCUCCGACGAUGUCAUUAUCGAUGACUAUAUUGCGUCCGAUAAUAUGGCGAUAAAAGCGUUAGGAGAACGAGAUUACAGUGGAGGAUUGGAUCAUGAAAUCUUUUCAGGAGCCACAAAGGAAGCAAUGGUUUCGACCCUCGAUUAUUUACGCCAAAAGUAUGGUUCGAUAUCACCUGGCUACUUCGAUCAUAUUGGAUUCAACAAUAUUUGGAGACGGAGAUUACGAUGUUGUCUAAAAGUAACCCAGGCUUCCACAGAUAGCAGGAUGUACUGGUAA